AUGGAUACCAGCACUGCAGCCAAUCUCGAGGCUGAGCAGUGGCAGCAGCAACAGCCUUCGUCUCCAGACCCUUUCUGGCUGGUACCGUUCGACAGGAACAUCUCAUUUGUAGGAAGAAACGAAACAUUUACAGAAAUUGACCAAGCGUUUGAAGUCAAGGACGGCAGCCAACCGAAGGCAGCGCUUUGUGGCCUUGGAGGCAUCGGAAAAUCUCAAGUGGCAUUAGAAUACUGCUUUCGAAGGCGUAAUAAAGAUGCUAAGUGCUCCGUUUUCUGGGUAAAUGCAGCCACGGUUGCUCGUUUUGAGGAAUCUCUCAGCCGGAUUGCGAGUGAAUGCAACAUAAGCGCUCCGGAUGGCGCCAAAUCUGACGCGGCCCUGCUUUUAAAGGAUUGGCUUGAAGUGGAACAUGUAGGCCCGUGGCUUAUGGUCAUUGAUAACGUGGACGACGAGGAUACUUUUUUUCGCGAACAGAUGUCAAUCGGCAAAACUCCUUCAGAGUGCAUCCCGAACUGCCAAACUGGGUCUAUACUGUUUACUACGAGGAGCCGCAAGAUGGCUUCUGAUCUGGCGAAUCCUACAAAGCCAAUCGUGAUUCACGAAUUGGGCAAAACAGAAGGACUAGAGCUGCUUGAAGAACUUGACUAUACUCCCCUCGCUAUCACCCAGGCAGUUGCCUUCAUGGUAAAAGAGCAAAUGACCAUUCAAAAGUACCUAGAGCAAUACCGCAGGAAUAGCGCUGCCAAGUCAACAUUACCCAACCAUGAGUUUUCUGAUCAACAACGACCGGAAGAUACUCCAGAAUCUGUCGCAAAAACCUGGAAACUUUCUUUUGAAGCGAUACGGAACUCAAAUCGAAACGCAGCGGACUUGUUAUGUCUAAUCAACUUCUUUCAACAUCAUGGAAUCCCCGCCAUUCUCUUGCAGGAUGCAGACAAACCAGGAGAAAGUUCCCACCUCCAGGAAGCUACCGAACUCUUAAAAGCCUUCUCGAUUAUUGAUGAGAACGACUCGGUGUUUAGCACACAUCGCCUUGUGCAGCUGGCAACAAGGUGGUGGUUAGAAGAGGAGAACCCUGAGGAUGUAGACAAGUGGGCUUUCCAGGCAUUGAAGUCUAUCACGUCCCAAUUCCCUGCGCCAUCAUCGCAACCAAAGUCGGAUUAUUUCAAGCUUGGAGAAAUUUUGCUUCCUCAUGCUGAGUGGAUCCUACAGUAUCAGUUCAAGACGACCACAAAGGAUUUCGAGAUCAUGAGAGCAAAGUUACUGGCCUCCACUGGGAGAUUUAUCCACUGGAAUGGAAACUAUGAUGAAGCACGUUCAAGGUUCAAAGAAUCUUUUGAAAUAAAUUACCAGCAUUUGGGUGAAAAGCAUGUUGACACAUUGGUUAUUCUUAAACAAGUCGUGGAAUACCGGCGCGAGAUCCUCGGAGAAGACGAUCCUAUGACAAUCGAUAGUUUGAGCGACCUUGCUACAGCUAUUCUUUUGACUGGGGAUUACGCAGAGUCAGAGAAGAUGCAGCGUGAAGCUCUGGCCCGCAGCGAACAGGUUCUUGGACUUAAACAUAACGACACCUUGAACUGUAUGGCGCAUCUUGCCUCAGUUCUCGACGAACAGGGUAAGACUGAGGAAGCAGAACAGAUGGCGCUAAAGACCUACGAGCUCAAGAGAGAACUGCUUGGGCACCUCCAUCCGGAUACCCUCGUCGCGGAACAUAAUGUGGCUUAUAUGCUCAGUCAAGAUGACGAAAAGGUCGACGAAGCCAUCUCUCUUUACAGGCGCAGCUUGAGGAAUAAAAGUGAAGUUCUUGGGCUAGCCCACAACGAAACACUCAUAACAGCAUAUAAUCUCAUCUCAUUUCUGGCCUCCAACGAUAGAGUUUCAGAAGCACGGGCGCUAUGCGACAAGUACAUAGCUGAGGCGGGGGAUAUUCUUCAAAGGAAAAAUACGAGAACCCAGGAGUGGUUCACUAAAUUUGAGGCUGUAAGGGAUAAUCUAGCAGAAAGUGCUGGCAAUGAGCAGACUAUGCUCUAA